GCAAUAAUACCCAUGUCAUUAAAAAUACUCAAGUGAAAAUGGCAGAUGGUUUAAAUUCUAGAGAUACCUUUGCUUACGCCAUUAAAAAAGCAUUCAAUUAUUGGUCAGUUUUGCAAAUAUCAAGAGAGCAUGGUUUUGGUGGAAGAAAUUCAUUUGAAAAAGAGGAAUGGUUGUAUGACUCAGUUUUGCAAAUAUUUACUGAAAAUGAUGUUGUUUUUCCUGAUGAAUUAGAAGAUUUUAUCAGUGAAGCUAUAUUUAAUGAGUUUGACACUGUUGUUGAAGAUGGAACAUUAAAUGUGCUCUGCAAACAAUUAUGUGGAUUUUAUGAUAUGUGUGUUAACCAGCAGUAUCAACAAGUUCAUGAAGAGUUAAAUAAACUAGGAUCUCUGGCAAGAAGGGCACCAGCAGUGAUAGCAGUUUGCAAUGAAAGUGAUGAAAGCGAAGAAGAAAUAAACAGUCAGAAUUUUGAAAGGGUUCCAAAUGGGAAUGAAUUAAUUAGCGAAAACAAUAUACAACAAGAACAAGGUAUGGAAAUGGAAACAGAUGAAGAUAAAGAAUGGAAAGUUGUAAGAAGGUCAAAACGUUAACGAUUUUAACUCGUGAUGUUAGACAAAAAAUAUUAAAAUAAAAAGGCUUUAUUUUGCAUAUGUAAGACUAAAUUUCUAAAUAUUUCUGUUAUAUACAGGCCAUCAUUA